AUGAGUUCUUUCGGGGCCAAGAGAAAAGCUCGAGUCAUAAAAACAUCGGAAGAUGAUGACACCCCUUCCACAGUGUCGUCUUCCGAGGAAGGCAACACGCUGAAAGACGAUGCACAAAAGCCCACAUUCGUAUCCAAAGGGAGGAAACCGUUCCGCCAGUCGGGAUUAAGAAAGACGAUCUCCGCCGCGGAUGACGAAUCCAAAGACGCUGCACAAGAAGACGACCAAGAAGACGGGCCAGCGGUUGUGCGCCCCAACAUCAACCGCAAUGGCUCAUCGAUGCGCAAGAGGCCGGCGGCGAAGUCGAAGCUCUCGUUCGCGGGUGAUGCAGGGGAUGAAAGGGCAGACGAGGAGCCUGCGGUGGUCAAGCCACUGAAAAAGAACCCAAUCGGGAAGAAAGCUAUAGAAAACAGUGCAGCGAGGAAAGGGAUCGUCUCCGGCGGCUUGCCAUUUCGCUCUCAACAAGACGACGACGAUCGACCCAGGUACAGCAAAGAAUAUCUGAGCGAGCUGCAGUCCUCCACGCCCAACACACCACGCGAUGUCUCCGUCAACACCACAGAUAACGAGAUGGACCUCGAUCCAUCGGAGCUUGAGGGCGCUAUGAUUGUGGAAUCGUCUAGCUCGCCGAAACCUAACACCAAAACACAGAUCCUCACCGAAGCCGAGGUCAAAGAGAAAAAGGAACGGAGGGCACGGCUUGCCCUGGAGCAGGACUUCCUAGCAGUCGAUGAAGACGAGGACGAUGAUCGGUAUGGUCUAAGGAAGAAACCCGAGACCAGGCUCAAGGCUGAAGACGAAGAACUGGGCGAGGGUUUCGACGACUAUGUGGAGGAUGGUGGUCUCUCGUUGGGUAAACGAGCCGAGAGGGAGCGCAAAAAGCAAGAUCGUAAACAGAUGGCGGAGUUGAUCUCGGCCGCAGAGGGCCACUCGUCCGAUUCGUCUGAGGAUAGCGAUGCGGAACGACGGAUAGCAUACGAAGCAGCGCAAACGCGUGCGGGCAUGGAUGGGCUCAAGAAGGCACGAAAGGAUCCCGCAGAAGAACUGCUCAAGGUCCCUUCAAAGAUCACGCCGAUACCUAGCUUGACGGAAUGCAUAGGCAAGCUGCAACUGUCGCUCAGGACCAUGGAGGCCGAUCUCAGGAGCAAGGAGGCACAUGUACAGAAGCUGCGCGACGAGAGUGCGCAAAUUGCAAAGAGAGAAGAAGAGGUCCAGGCAUUGCUCGACGAAACCGGCAAACAGUAUCAGAACGCCAUGGGGAAGGGAAAUCUACAAGAUAAGACGGCGCCGCAGCCCGGUGUGGGCGCUGAAAUGCUGGGCGAGCGAGGUCUGGAGAGCAUGGGCACAACGCCGCACAGGAAUGGCGAGGAUGUGGAAGUGUGA